AUGCUGACGGAGUGCUGUCGCGGCCUAUAUAUGAUGGUGUCGGCGCCGGUGGUGGCACUCACCAGAGUGCAGCCGUGGAUAGUUCUCCUAGUCGAGUUCCUGAAGGCACCGAUCAUGAGACUCCUGACUGCGUUUAGGGCUGCCCCCUUGUUGGCAGCCUGCGUUGUGGCAAAGGCAAACUACCCGGCUAUCCCGGAGGACACGACGACCCCGGUUCAGCAGCGCCUUGCCAUCUAUGGCCCCAACUCGAUCUCGAUCGGGUGGAACACGUAUGCCCGGCAGGACGAGCCCUGCGUCGAGUAUGGAACGUCAAGUGACAACCUCGACCAACGGACAUGCGCGUCAGUCGCGUCGACCACAUACCCGACCUCUCGUACCUACGAGAACGUGGUCAUCCUAACUGAUCUGGCUGCCGGCACAACAUACUACUACAAGAUCGUGUCUACCAACUCCACGGUAGACCACUUCCUCAGCCCGCGCACUCCCGGCGAUGGGACCCCGUUCAACAUCAACGCGGUCAUUGACCUGGGAGUGUACGGCGAGGACGGCUUCACGAUCCAAGGCGACAAGACCAAGAAGGACACUAUCCCCACCAUCGACCCAGCCCUUAACCACACCACCAUCGGCCGACUCGCCAACACCGUAGACGACUACGAACUCAUCAUCCACCCAGGCGACUUUGCUUACGCAGACGACUGGUUCCUGUCGCUGGACAACCUCCUGGACGGGGAGAACGCCUACCAAGCGAUCCUGGAGAACUUCUACACGCAGCUCGCUCCAAUCUCCGGCCGCAAGCCGUACAUGGCGAGCCCCGGGAACCAUGAAGCAGCAUGCGAAGAGCUCCCCUACACAACAGGCCUCUGCCCAGACGGCCAGAAGAACUUUACCGAUUUCAUGCACCGCUUCGGACAGACCAUGCCAUCAGGUUUUGCCUCCGUGUCAACCAACGACUCGGCCAAAGUACUCGCCAACCAAGCCCGCGAACUCGCCCAGCCACCAUUCUGGUAUUCCUUCGAGUACGGCAUGGCGCACAUCGUCAUGAUCAACACGGAGACCGACUUUGAGGACGCACCCGACGGCCAGGGCGGAUCCGCACACCUGAACGGCGGCCCAUUCGGAACCGCCAACCAGCAGCUCGAUUUCCUGAAGGCUGAUCUGGCGAGCGUCGAUCGCGCUGUGACACCCUGGGUCAUCGUCGCCGGUCACCGGCCUUGGUACACAUCCGGGACAGCAUGCACGCCCUGCCAAGAUGCCUUUGAGGACCUAUUGUAUACCUACGGCGUUGACCUCGGUGUAUUCGGACACGAGCACAACGCCGAGCGGUUCCUCCCCGUGUACAACAGUGUCGCUGAUGCGAAUGGGAUGAACGACCCCAAGGCCCCGAUGUACAUUGUCGCCGGGGGCGCGGGGAACAUCGAGGGCUUGUCGUCAAUCAGCACGCAGUUGGAUUUCUCAGAGUACGCGAACGACGAGGAUUAUUCGUACUCUACCAUCCGGUUUCUGAAUCGCACUCACCUGCAGGUCGACUUUAUUGGCUCGGUCACGGGAGAUAUUUUGGAUAGCAGCACUUUGUAUAAGAGCCACGAUGUCAGAGCCGGGCUCGGAAUAUCGCCGCCUUGGCCAUUCAGCCUGAACGCAGUUGAUCCUGACGCCGGCUGCCACCGGGCUGCGAAGGCGCUCACCCCCGGCUCUGCGAUCGGGAUACAACCGAGUUCUGCUUCCUCGUCAUUAGAACUUACCAGCGAGAACCCUACUGAGUACGGUGACAGUGAAUCCAUGGUGUACUGCCUAAGCCCAGCAAUUCAGGCUAAAUGGCUGCUCCCCCGCAUCCAAGACCCGGAUCUGCAGUUGGAGAUGCUCCUUGCUUGA